UUCAAAUGAGUUCGUUUCGUGAGCCCAACCCGAGCUUUUACCCGAAUGUCGACAUUUUAGAUUUUUUCGGUGGCAAAAAUUCACUUAAUAAAUAAUGGUUGCUUGUCCAGAGGACGUCGCCAAUUCUGUGCUGAGUAUUCCGAAAUAUUGCAUGAUUUUGGGAGGAAUAUGGACUUUAGCCUUGCCCACGCAAAAUCGUAUUCUUAACGCCAUUUAUAAAGUUUAUUCAAUGCUCGUAAAGAUAUACCUGCCGACAUUUUUAGUCUCGAUGUACAUCCGAUUCGGAUUAACAAUGACCACGGAGUUUUCAAAAAAGAACCCGCAAGACUUGUUUAAAUAUUUCGGCUACGUCGUUUCUUUGUCGAUCGCAGUAUUCGCAGCUAUACUGUGCCAGAGAACCAAGGUGGUGCAAUUUAUAACGUACGUGCAAGAAGAAGAACAAAAAAUUGGGGAAACGGAUGAUCCGGAUAUCCACCAAUGCUAUUCCGAAACAUUGAAAUUCUGCCGAAAGUUUAACAUAGCUGUUAUCGCGUUCAUGUCCAACGCGGCUGUAGGUAUGACUUCGGAAAACUUAACUGCCCGAUUUGAAAUUGACAAGUACAAUCGGCAACAUAAUGAGAGCAUGGAGAAGCCGUUCUUCUACGAACUGUAUUACUUCAAUCUCGACAAAGAGAAACACUCAUUGUUUUUAUUGGUCAUGAAUUGCCUCUUCGUGCUUAUUAACAGUUCGGUGGUUGCCUCUACAAGAAUGCUGUUUAUGACCAGCAUUAUUUUUAUCUCUUCUGCGUUGAGCAUCCUGCAAAUCAAAUUCGAGAAAAGUAUGAAUCAACAAGAGAAGGCAUUGGAAAUAACAAAAAUGCUCGUAGUAGAACAUCAAGACGUUAUUCGGGCAACCAAAAACUUAAACGAAUGUAUAAAAUACCUUAUUUUCAUGGAAUACCUCUUAAAUUCGCUCACGUUGGCUACCCUUGCGAUUAUUCCGCUACUAACGUCGAAACGCAGCAUGUCUCCGGUGCUGGCAUUCGGGGUCAUAUUUACGCUUAUUAUGGUAUUGGGAUAUAGCGCCAAUGAAAUACAAAUUCAGAGCUCGUCACUGGCAGAUGCCCUUUACGAAUGUCGCUGGUACGAACAAAACGAAACAACGAAGAAAAUGUUAUUCACUAUGUUAAUUCGAGCUCAAAAACCUCUUGGUUUGACGAUAGGCCCUUUUGCUAUGACGAUCGAUUCAUCUUUAAAGAUUAUUAAGACAUCUUAUUCAUAUAAGAUUUAUCUGUCAAGUCAAGAUCUACCCUUGUAUUAACCGGACAGAAAUAUGCGUGUCCUAUUCAUAUCUAGAUCCCGGUGUUGAAUGGAAGAUACUUCUAAGAUGCUGGCAUAUUAAAUGGAAUUGAUAGACCAUACUGUGACUUAU